CGCGGAGCGGAAGCAGCGGCCAGAGGCUCGGAGCGGCGGCCGAGCGGCGGGCGACGGAGGCGGGCGACUCGGGCCGCGGCCGGGACGGAGCCGGGGCCAUGGAGCCGCCGCUGCCGGGCUGAAGAGGGCCGGCGCCGCGCAGCCCGCGGCGAUGGCGGGCUACGCGCGCCGCCAGGGCGUCACCCCGCUGUCCCGGGCCCGGAGCCUCGUCAUUCCGGACGCUCCCGCGUUCUAUGAGCGCCGGUCUUGUCUCCCCCAGCUAGACUGUGAGCGCCCCCCAGCCAGGGACCUGGAGUCCCACUUCUUCGGCAUUCGGCCGACGUUUAUGUGCUAUGUACCCAGUCCGGUGCUAGCUUCCGUGGGAGACACAGAUUUUGGCUAUGGAAAGGGGAAGUGUGCCAAGCAAGGUCCACCAGGAGCUCAGAACACACACUUUGGAGAUGAUAAACUCGGAGAUCUGGAAGCGGCAAACCCGUUCUCCUUUAAAGAGUUUUUAAAGACCAAGAACCUGAGCCUGUCAAAAGAGGACACCGACAGCAGGGUUUACUCACAGGAAGCCACGAGGCACUCGCUGGGACUUGACCGCACCUCCCCAACUUCCCAGACUGUGGGCUAUGGCCUGGAGUAUCAGCAGCCAUUUUUUGAAGACCCGACGGGGGCUGGCAACCUCCUGGACGAGGACGAGGACGAGGAGGACGGGUGGAACGGGGCCUACCUGCCGUCUGCCGUGGAGCAGACGCACUCCUCCAGGGUGGCCGCCAGCACGUCGCCCUGCAGCACGUACGUCUCCUUUUUCUCCAACCCGUCGGAGCUGGUGGGGCCCGCGUCUCUGCCCCCAUGGACGCUGAGCGACUCCGACUCUCGCAUCUCCCCGACGGGGAGCCCCAGCACUGACUUCACAGCCCACGGAGAGAGUCUGGGGGACAGGCACCUUCGGACGCUGCAGAUAAGUUACGAAGCACUGAAAGAUGAGAAUUCUAAGCUAAGAAGAAAGCUGACUGAGAUUCAGAGCUUCUCUGAAACUCAAACAGAAAUGGUGAGGACGCUUGAGCGGAAGUUAGAAGCGAAAAUGAUCAAGGAGGAGCGUGACUAUCACGACCUGGAGUCGGUGGUGCAGCAGGUGGAGCAGAAUCUGGAGCUCAUGACCGUGAGCAGCCAGGGCCCUUGUUCGUGGGGAGAGGUGGGCGGGCCCGCCUGGCCAGACGUCGUGAAGCGUCAGAAACGUGCAGUGAAGGCAGAAAAUCACGUCCUGAAACUGAGACAGGAGGUCAGCUUGCUCCAGGCCCAGGUCUCUGAUUUCAAGCGUGAGAACGAAGCCCUGCGGUCAGGCCAGGGCGCCAGCCUCACGGUGGUGAAGCAGAACACGGAUGUGGCCCUGCAGAACCUCCGUGUGGUCAUGAACAAUGCGCAUGCCUCCAUCAAGCAGCUGGUUUCUGGAGCUGAAACGUUGAAUCUCGUUGCUGAAAUCCUUAAAUCUAUAGACAGAAUUUCUGAGAUUAAAGACCAAGGGGAGGAGUCGUGAGAGCCACAGAGGUGCUUCCAGCUCCCAGCUCUGUUUACAUCCUGAAACCACUUCCCGACGGAUUCCAAGCUGCCACGACGUCUCUGAGUGUGCAGACUUCACCCACAGUAAAGCUUUAUCCCGAGACACUAACUUCGUGACGUGCGGCAGUGUUAUUAGCCACACACAUGGGGCCGCACCUGCGCUUCUGCGUAGCCUUUCUAGCUGAGCUCCACACCGCCUCGUAGACGCUGAUCAUCUAUUCGAAGGCAAUUCUAUAAAAGCCAGUGAUUUUUUUUUUAAGUUAGUAAACGAAAGCAGCGGUUCUGUAGUGUUUCCAUCGUCAUUGCAGCGCUCUAGCUGUAAGAUGAGUUCCGUUGGCCGUCUUUGCUUUUGUCAGUAGAGACACUACGGGAGCGAGCCGAAAAGUACACACUCUCCUUGGACAGGGACGUGUACCUUACUGCCCUUGCUCAGCAUGCCCUGGCUUGCGGCCUGCUCCCUCGGCUUCUGGCAGGGGAGGGCUCUUGCGGUUGGUGGUCUGAGCACAGGCGCCCUGUGCGGUGGCCGCUGUUGUCCCCCUAGGGACCAAGGUCAGCACAGGCAUUCCACAGCCGGACACGGUCUAAGAGCAUCUCUUCACGGGCCUUCAGACCUGGGAGCUCUGUGGCUGGAGGGUUUGAUAGGCGUUUCCAGUGGCAUCUUGCGCAGCGACUUGCAGGAUUCAGGGACGUGAAGCGUGGGCAGAGUCCCCAGGUCAGCUUGAGGGCCCCCAGGGUGCCUUCCAGCCCCUCCUAGCGGAGGAGCCGUAACACACACUAGAUGCCUUUUGCGCUCUUUUCCUGUGAGUGUUAUUUUUUUAAAUAAACGUCCUUUUCUCCUCCUGUUCAAAUCAACAGUUUUCUUAUUUAAUAAACUCUAAAAGUCA